CUCAGGAGGUCAUAUUUGAGUACAGGCGCCAUGACAAUCGCCAUAACACAACCACUGUCGAUGUGACGGUGAUUUUGGUCUGAAGUGAUCCUUGUGUCUGUUCGCGAAAAAUAUAAGGAGAUAUAAGGACCCAAAUUCCCUUGUCCAUGAUUUCCUGUUGUCCCAGAACUCAACUUAUUGCCAAGAUCAAAACAAGACUCUGGAAUCAGAAUGGCUUCGCAGCAGCUCUGUCCCGUCCCAAAACCGAUCGCUAUCUUCGACCAGUUCAUUGCUCAACAGACUGAGACGUUGGCUCUGAAGGAGAAGGUCUUAUCCCUCUCUGGAGAUAGUUUCGAUCUGAAACUUGCAAAUGGCCAGCCCAUAUUCCAGAUUAAAUCUAAGCUUAUGAGCUUUCGUGGUCGCAAGUCUGUCUUUGAUAUGGCGGGCAAUCACCUGUUUGAUAUUGUUAAAGAACAUCUGCAUAUUCAUACUACAUUCGCGGCUGAGGAUCCUAAUGGAAACAAACUACUCGAAGUCAAGAGCAGCUUUUCGUUGGUGGGCUCUAAAACAAUUGCGACAUUCACGUCGCCCAGGACUGGCAGCACAGAAACAUUGAUAAUGAAGGGUAACUGGUUGGAUACUAAGAUUGACAUUGUUAAUGAAGCCACGGGUGUGGUAGUGGCCAGGAUCGAUCGCAAGUUGUGGCGAGCUCGUGAGGUAUUCUUCGACCAGCAGACCUAUGCUGUUAUGGUAGCACCUGGGGUUGACCUCUCGCUGAUCGCUGCCCUGUGUGUCUGCUUCGACGAGAAGAAUAAUGAGAAGUAGAUUGAACUGGGCUAAUGAAGAUCUUCUGGAUGGCGAAUUGUUUCAUGCCUCCUCCCCUCCCUUGCUACUGUUAGCAUCUGCUUGUAUAUUUAGCCACUUCCACGCUUUUGAUAUUCCCAGGUCCGCAGUCAUAAUAUUAUAGCAGUAAUCUGGA